AAAAACUUGAAAACAACAGUUGUCUGCUGUCCAGUACAAGGAGCUCUCAGCUAAUUGCUAUCACUUUAAGGCAAUGGAGACAGUACGUCUCAAUAAAUCAGCUUUAGAAGCAGUGGAUGACUACUGGGAGUACAGACGGAUCGUUGGGGAUGAUGAUGGAGGAAAACUGUUCACUCCAGAACAAUAUGAGGAGUACAAGAGGAAGAAGAUCCCUCAACGAAUGAAGAACCGCCUUUAUGUGAGCUUCGGGGUGCCGGGAUUUAUUGACUGCAAACUCAUUGGUCCUGAAACACAGUGCUUCUGUACACAUAGGUACAAGCAACAUAAGACUGAAUUUGAAGUGGUCCCUGCUGAGCGUCCCUUGGCUCUACCAUGUCUGGUCAGAGGAUGUUACUGUGUGGCCUAUCAGUUUGUGCCCCGGCUUGGGCCAAACCCUGUACGCUGCAGAUGUAAGCACUUACCUGAGGACCACAGUGAAGCUACUGGCCAUUUGUGCAGAAAGUGCCGUUCCUGCUCUGGGUAUCAAAGUCCCUACACCUGUGGUUGUGGUCAGCCCAGCUCUGCCCACCAAACCCUGGUUGAGACCAAACUAGAAAGGGCGGCACGCGGUCAGCCUACAGGCAGGGAUGUACCAUAUGCCGCCAUGGGGGGGCUCACAGGCUUCAGCUCUUUGUUGGAUGGUUACUUGGCUUUGGAGGCCAGUGGCUCAGAUCAAGGCAGAGAUGACGGCUGCCAGCAGAGAUGCUCAGGAUCAAAGAUCAAAGAAACGUCUACUCAAAAACCCUGCACUUUAGACUGUAAGAGAGGAACCAAGAAGCCUUGAAAUUCAACAUUAUCCACAAUUUCUCUCUAACUGUUUAUUACUGGAGAGUCGAUCAAAAUUUAAC